UAUAGGGUUAAAACCCCAACAAAUAGAGGAACAAAGGGUGAGUGAUUAAAAGAAUAAAAGAUUAUUAUGAUUCCAAGUCUAUGAUGAUUCAAACAAAAGAUUCUCCUUUCUUUCUCAUUUUCCUCUCAUAUCAGGUAUGAAAUCUCCUUAAAUUUUUUUUUAUAUUCCUAAAAACCCUAGAUUUAAUUCCAGUGUUGUUCUUUUUUUUAAUUUUAGAUUUUGGAUUUUGGAAGAAAUGUAUUGUAUUGAAGUUUGAAUUGAGGUGUAAGAUAGAGAGCUGAGUGAUCAAAGCUCCUUCAUUUGGAAGGUGAAUUUUAUGGGUGGGGGAUUCUUGAAUCUUGAUUGAAUUCUUGCAAAUUGCUUUGUUUUGUUUUGUUUUUUUGGGUUCCCUUCGAAAUCCAAUCUUGGCUGUUGUUUGUUUAUGGGGGUUUUAUGGUUUUCUUUUGGUGAACACCGCAUCGAAGUUUUUCGCAAAAGCUUGAAUUUGGUAGGGCGUUACUUGUUUUUAGUCCCUUUGUUUCAUCGUUCUUGAUAUUCAAUUAAGAGAAAGCUUUCAAUUCAAUUGCAAUGGCUACUCCGCCACAAGCAUCUCCCGGAGCACCUAAUACUGAUAAAAAGAGUCCAAUGACUCCUGCUCCUCCCACAAUUUCACCUGGUGCACCUAGAUUCACUCCUCCAAAUUUACAACAAGAUCAGAUCGCUUCCCCUUCGAUAAAGAAUCCGAUUAUGCUAUCACCGGAAAAUGGGGUCAAAACCGGAAGCCCUGUUCCCCAUCUGAGUACUCCUCCUGGCCCUCCUGUAUUUACAUCACCUGUCCGGCCUGCUGCCGUGCCUUUCCGAACCUCUCCUGUGACCCCCCAGCCGGUGGCUUUCUCAUCAGGUUCGUCUUUGCCCACAUCUUCACCUCCCCAUUUUCCGAAUGGGUCAGCUGAGCUUCAACAGCAACUUCCCGGUGCUACAGAGGAAUCAAUGCCCGCAGGAGAGUCACCAUGCGUUUUAUUCUCAGCUCAUAAGUUGUUGAAACACAAGAAGCUAGCAAAUGUACCUAGUUUAGGCUUCGGAGUAUUGGUUUCUCCUGGGAGGGAAACUUCAACGGGUCCUCAAGUGAUACACCGUGAUCCUCAUCGAUGCCAUAAUUGUGGAGCUUAUUCAAAUCUUUAUUCCAACAUACUAAUUGGCUCAGGCCAAUGGCAGUGUGUAAUAUGCCGGAAUCUAAAUGGAAGUGAAGGUGAAUAUAUAGCUUCAAGCAAGGAAGAGCUCCGUAAUUUUCCUGAGCUGUCGUCACCUUUGGUUGAUUUUAUUCAAACAGGGAAUAAGAGGCCAAGUUUUGUACCUGUUACUGAUUCCAGAACUUCCGCACCGGUUGUUCUUGUUAUUGAUGAAUGUUUAGAUGAGGCACACCUUCAGCAUUUACAGAGCUCCUUGCAUGCUUUUGUCGAUUCAGUACCACCGACAACCAGAAUAGGAAUCAUUUUGUAUGGUAGCACAGUAUCAGUGUAUGACUUUACGGAGGAAUCCAUAGCGUCUGCUGAUGUGAUUCCUGGUGGCACUUCACCAACACAGGAGACCUUGAAAGGAUUGAUUUAUGGAACUGGUAUAUACUUGUCGCCAAUGCAUGCUUCAAAAGAGGUUGCACACCUAAUAUUCUCUUCAUUGAGGCCAUACAAGUUGAAUGUUCCAGAAGUGUCAAGAGAUAGAUGCUUGGGUACUGCUGUUGAGGUCGCUGUGGCAAUUAUUCAAGGACCAUCUGUAGAUAUGUCUCGAGGUGUAGUUAAAAGGCCAGGUGGCAAUAGCAGGAUCAUUGUUUGUGCUGGCGGACCAAAUACUUAUGGUCCUGGGUCUGUCCCUCAUUCUUAUACUCACCCUAAUUAUCCUCAUAGAGAAAAGACAGCAAUCAAAUGGAUGGAGCGACUUGGUCGUGAGGCUCAUCAACAUAACAUAGUGGUUGACAUUCUCUGUGCAGGGACUUGCCCUGUAAGGGUUCCUGUGCUGCAGCCACUUGCAAAUGCUUCAGGAGGUGUGUUGGUUCUUCAUGAUGACUUUGGUGAAGCCUUUGGUGUAAACUUACAAAGGGCAUCUGCCAGAGCUGCCAGUUCCCAUGGUUUGUUGGAGAUACGUUGUUCUGAUGAUAUUCUUGUUACUCAGGUUGUGGGUCCUGGUGAAGAGGCAAAUAUAGACACCCAUGAAACCUUUAAAAAUGAUAUGGCUGUCUCUAUUCAAAUGCUGAGUGUUGAAGAAACACAGUGCUUCUCAAUAUCGAUGCAGAAUAAACAUGACAUCAAGAGUGAUUACGUAUUUUUCCAGUUUGCUAUUCAAUACUCAAAUGUUUAUCAAGCUGAUAUAGCUAGAGUGAUUACUAUCAGAUUGCCAACUGUGGAUAGUGUUUCGGCCUAUCUUCAGAGUGUUCAAGAUGAGGUGGCUGCAGUCAUAAUUGCCAAGAGGACUCUGCUGCAAGCAAAAAGUUAUUCUGAUGCAAUUGAUAUGCAGACAACAAUAGAUGAGAGAAUUAAAGAUAUUGCUUCAAAAUUUGGGUCUCAAGUGCCAAAGUCAAAGCUUUAUCGGUUCCCAAAAGAAAUAUCUUUACUACCAGAGCUUCUAUUCCAUCUUAGGAGGGGCCCACUGUUGGGAAGUAUAGUUGGUCAUGAAGAUGAGAGGUCUGUACUGCGGAAUUUGUUUUUGAACGCAUCCUUUGAUCUUUCUCUUCGCAUGAUUGCCCCUCGUUGUCUGAUGCACCGGGAAGGAGGCACUUUCGAAGAAUUGCCUGCUUAUGAUCUCGCCAUGCAGUCUGAUACAGCUGUUGUUCUAGACCAUGGUACAGAUGUCUUCAUUUGGUUGGGUGCCGAACUUGCAGCUGAUGAAGGAAGAAGUGCAGCAGCUUUGGCAGCUUGUAGAACAUUGGCUGAAGAGCUCACGGAGUUACGAUUUCCAGCACCUCGGAUCCUGGCAUUCAAGGAGGGCAGCUCUCAGGCUCGAUAUUUUGUUUCUCGGCUCAUACCAGCAAACAAGGAUCCUCCUUACGAGCAGGAGGCAAGAUUUCCUCAGCUUCGAACCCUGACAAUUGAACAACGGACGAAACUGAAAAGCAGUUUUAUACAUUUCGAUGAUCCGAGCUUCUGCGAAUGGAUUCGGGGUUUAAAAGCAGUGCCCCCGGAACCAAUCUAAGAGAUGUUUUAGGUAUUUUUGCAGUUAAAAUCCCUCCAAAAAAGGAGUCCCCGGAGAGUUGCAUCCAAUCAUCAUUUAUUCGGUACCAUUCUGCUCUUUCUUUUUGUUCUUCUCCCUGUUGAAGGAAUGUAAUCUAACUCAUUCAUCUUUUCCUUUUUCCUAAUCAAUUUUUUCCCUUUUCUAGUUUUUUUUUUUUUAAUACAAGAUUUCCCUUUUUGUUAAAGAAACUUGAAAGGAUAAGCUAUACUUGAUAGUAAACUGUUACAAGUUUCAGAAUUGUUCUUUCAUUUUUUUAGCUGAAAAUGAUUUGUUAGAGCAGUGCAUGGUGUCAUUUUUAUAUCAAAUUAUUAUGCCAUUUUUGUAUGUUUUUGUGAAGAGUCCAAUUUGUAAUGCCAUUAUUUCCAAGUCUCUUCCAAUGGUA